UCGGCGUUAUUUCUACGUCAUUCUCAUAGACUGACGCUUUAAUCCGGAUCCUAAUGGACGUGUCUAGGGUAUAAAGCAGCAGUGAAGUUUGUUGAGACGCUAAAAACAGUGUAGAAAUGGUUGGAUUCAGUUGGAUUGCUCGAAUCGAUUCUCUGAGGUGACUCGGUUGAAAAGCAGCGAUUCGCUGAGUGCGCGCUCAGUCGAGCUGAAUCUGCUGAACAGAGAGGACGCGGCGGAGCGGAGCUGCAGAGAGAAAAAUGAAAUAAAACGAUUUUUACAAAAAUAAUCCGGAUUAUUAACAUCAGAACACACAGAGAGGAAGGAGAUAUAGCGACGGAGAAAGAAUAGAUUCGGUCUUCUUCUGAAGUCCACACAGACCUUCAUUCAACAACAUGAGAACCGAAGAGACCUCAGGAACGGUUCUGCACCGGCUGAUCCAGGAGCAGCUUCGCUACGGGAACCCCACAGACGCCCGCACCCUCCUGGCCAUCCAGCAGCAGGCCCUGCGGAGAGGGAGCAGCGGAGGUGGAGCCGGAGGUGCUGGAUCAUCUCAGUCUUCUUCUGAAAGCCUCUCGCAGGACGAGCCUCAGUCCCCCAAGCUUUCUGCCAGGCAGGAGCCGCAGGGCCAGGAGCACCAGGCCGACUACCAGCACUCAGAAAGCUACCAGCUGUACUCCCACCACCAUGAGCAGCUGCCCACCUACGAGCAGGCCAAGGAGCAGUCCCAGUACCUGGCGUCUCAGUGGUUCCACAACGCCCAGCCCUGCAAAGACUACGCCUUCGAGACCAGCGUGCAGCCCUAUAAUGAAGACGACAGGUGGGAUGCCAAGCGUGGCCAUGCGCGGUCUCUUAGCGAGCGACUGAUGCAGCUGUCGCUCCAGCGCAAAGCCGCAGAAGCUGCAUCGACCUCCAUCAGCUCCUCCAGCAGCUACCCGCAGAUAGCCGGUUACCAUGCAAACCAGGCACCCAAGGAUAACCACGGUCCGUGGCUGGAGUACCCGCUGCCCCUGCAAUCCCAGGCAACAACCACAUACCACCCUCAGGAGUACGAGCAAUUCUACACCUCACCCCCACCACCUUUCCACGCCCAGCACAACAACAGGUUCGUUCCACCUAUGCUGUCACCAGAAGUGCGCCACGUGUUCUCCAGUGCGCCCCCUGCAGGCAGGGAGGUGUACACGCCAGGCUGCAACCAGAUGGAGCUGCUGAUGAAGGAGAAUGAGAGACUGAAGCAGGAGCUGGAGGACCAUGUGGAGAAAGCCUCCAGGAUUCAGAAGCUGGAGCAGGAGAUCCAGCGCAUUUCGGAAGCGUACGAGACGCUGAUGCAGGGCUGCGUGAAGCGCGAGACGCUGGAGCAGACGCUGAGGAACAAGCUGAUGGCUGAAGUGAAGAGGCUGCAGGAGCUCAACUCGGAGCUCAGAGACAGCCUGGAGAACACCAGCGCUCAGGCAGCAAAGGAUGUGGAAGCUGCUGACCACAACCAGCACGUGGUCUCCAAGCUCAUCAUGCAGAUGGAGGAGCAGAAGCUGCAGGCCGUGCGGCUGGAGCGAGAGGUGGAGGCUCAGCGCAGGCGGGUGGAGGCGCUGGAGGUGGAGCUAAGCUCAGCACGCAGACACAGCCGGCAGCUGCAGGCGGAGCUGCAGAGGAAGAGUGCGUACGUGGAGCGGGUGGAGCGCCUGCAGGGGGCGCUGGCUCAGCUACAGGCUACCUGUGAAAAGAGGGAGGGGCUUGAGCUGAGACUGCGGACGCGACUGGAGCAGGAGCUACGUACACUUCGGAACCAGCAGAGGCAGACCCAGGCCUGUCAGAGCAGUGGUCCAGCGAGUGCUGAGUCCUCUGCGAGUGUCGCCGCCCUGCUGGAGCGUCUGAGAGAGCGCGAGGAACGGAUUCUGGCCCUGGAGGCCGAUAUGACGCGCUGGGAGCAGAAGUACCUGGAGGAGAGCACCAUGAGGGAGUUCGCCAUGGACGCAGCGGCCACUGCUGCAGCUCAGAGAGACACCACCAUCAUUAAUCACUCGCCCUGCCAUUCCACUAAAAGCAGCUUCAGUGAGGAUUCACCUAACGCUGAGUUCAGGAACCAGGAGGUGGAGAACAGAAUUCGCUCUCUGUACGGUCAGAUUCUGGAGAAGGAUGCUGUGAUUAGCGUUUUGCAGCAGAGAUUCCAGCAGGAACAGGAGAAAACGGAGGCGUCUGACACAAGCCCCGCCCAGAACACAGGUAACGAUGGUGUGAGUGGUCAGACAGCAGCUAGCGUGCCUCGUCUUUGUCGUGUGGCGGCUGCAGUGUGUAAAGCCAGGAUCCAGGCUGAGCCUGCGACACCCACCAGUACCACCACCAGUACAACCACAGAGCAGAGCUCAAACACAGAGCCCAGCCACGAAUCCACCCAGCUGCAGCUGUCCCCCCAGCCUGCGGACCCCUUCAGAGGCCUGGACAGCGUGGAGGCUGAGGCGGUAGAGAUCUUCAUAUGAGCUCCAUCAGUCUUCCUUUCAUGAUCCGGAGAGUUUGCACAGACACUGGCGCCACAGGAAUGGCAGCUGACCCCUCGGCAGAGGGCAGGAAUGCGGCAGUUUCAGAUGACAGAGCUGACUGGACGACCCAAAGCUGAGCUUUUGUGGACAGCUCUCUAAAUGAAUGUGACGCUCAAGCUGGUCUUCGGGUGUUUGGACAUUUCUGGAGCUUCUUGCUGCGUGAGGUGUUUGUGGAGUGUUUGUGGUGUGAGAUUUGGACGGGUGUGGAGUGCUUGUGACUGUUUCAUUGCUGCUAGAGUCUAAAAGAAUGUGUUUUUUCCAUCUAUCCAUCUAGAGUGUCCUAAUACAUAUGGGACACAUGGUAUAGAUGGUUCAUGCUUAAGAUUGUACAUUGACUGUACAAUGGAGUGCUUAGUGAUUUCCUUAGUUAAGUCCAUGUUGGUUUCCCAUUGAACUGUAACGGAUGUACACAAAUCGACCAAUUACAGAUGAGAGACAAAAGAUGGACACACAAAUCCACAAGUUAAACCCAGCUAGAGACAAAAGACAAGGUUCUUGACGGAUCAAGAAACAUCGGGAAAAAUCAACCUGUGCUGGAAAAUUCAUCAAUCUGCAAGACAAUGCUUGUAGUACCCAGUAGUGCAGUUUAUUAACAGUUGGCAGUAGCUGCUAAACAACAAAAUGGACAGUUAUAGAUAAUUUACUUCACUACCAUAAACAGUGAAGUUUUUAACGGAAGUUUUACUGGAUUCAUUUAGCAUUCAAUUGCAGAGGUGGAAAAAGUACUGAUAAAUAGUAAUUAAGUAAAUUACCUUUACUUUGCUGUAAUUCUACUCAAGUAAAAGUAAAAGUACCCAUCGAAAAAUCUACUCGAGUAAAAGUAAAAAGUACUUUUUUUUUUAAAUGUACUUUGAGUAAAAGUUACAUAGUUACUUUUAAUUAUUUGAUGUAAAAAAGUAAAAAACAAAUAAUAAAUUAAAUAGUUUUUAAUGAACUAUUAUUGCACAUAAUCAUUUGUACUCAGUAAUUGGGAGUUUUCCAAUGUAGCAAAGUAAAUUACUUGUGUCAAAAGUAAGUAGUUGAGUAAAAGUAAAAUGACCUUUUUAAAAACUUUUUAACAUUUUAAAAACUACUUUAAACAUUACAAAUUACUCAUAAAAUCCACUCAAUUACAGUAACUUGAGUAAAUGUAAUUCAUUACUUUCCACCUCUGUUCAAUUGUGUGAUCGAUCGUAUGUUUGUAUAUCAAGUAUUGACUACAGCUUUGAACAGAACUCAAAUUUUAGGAUCUUAAAGGCCCGAAACAUUCCUAAUGCAAGAAUGUGUAUACAGACUUAGCGCUACACAGACUAGGUUUUGCACAUAAUUAAGUGCAAAAAAUUACCACCAACUCUCAUGACGUAACUCUAUCCUGUUUACACAUCUUAACACAUGUUAAUUUUGGCCCAGGCAUUGGCAUAUGCUAGGACUGUAUAAUAAAUACAUAUUUUUACAUUAUUGUGAUAUGACUUCAAAAUUUAGACAGUGAUCAUGUGACAUAAGAAAAGCUGGAGGUGGAUUGAGGCAGAGUUACAGCGAGGCAGAGUGAGGUAGAGGUCCACAGUGUAUGCCAACACUGAACUACUUCUACUUUUACUGUUUUCGCGCCUUGGAAAAAGGAGUAAAAAAAAGGCAUUGCCAAUUUAUUGUGUUCUAAAUUGAUGUUGGGAUAUCCAACAGCUUUACUGCACAUAAGUAUUUAAAAAAAAGUGUUUAAAUGAUUAAAUCCCCUGAUCAAAUUUAAUUGAAAGAAUCUCAUGAACAGUGUGUAGCAUUUGGAUCAGUUAUGCACCAAAAAAAAUCAAAUUUCGGCUUUUUCUGGCUACUGCACUUGCGCAGAUCCCCUCUAUGAAAAGGCAGAGGUUUCUUUAAUAGCAUGCUAAUUUUCUUCCACUGCGCAAGCACUGUAAGCAGCAACCUGAUUGGCUCCUUUAGCUGAAGGCUUAGCAUGCCUGCAUAAACAAUGUUUUGGGUCUAAUGCACAGUAAAGUACAAUACAAACCCUCCUAAAUUAGUUAUGCACUGCUCAAAAUAUCCAAGUUAUUUUAUAUUGAAUGUCACAUUUUCACCUUUUUUAUCAGUCUACAGUCUUUCCAUCGUUUCCCUCAGCAUUCCUCUGUUAAAAAAGUCAUUCAGUCAGUAAUUCAGUCAGUCAGUUCUUCCUGGUCUCACGCUGCUGCGGAACGGUUGAUCUCACCACAUUCCUAUCCUAUUGAAUUUCUCCCAGAGGCUCAGAUUGAUCUGGGUGCUUUUACAGCUCCACCUUUACUGCCUGUUGUAAACGGUGAGCAUUCUUGUCAUUUUUUUUUUCUUUUUCUCCUCUCGGACGCCCUUGAAGGCUGGGCAAACAAAGCAAUAUUCACUCUUACGUUCUUUCUGUGGAAUCAGGAAGGCUCUACCUGUUAUUGUCUAAAGGAUCGGCAUGUUUCGAUCGCUCAAAUUAUAAUUGGAGCGUCCUAGCGGCGUUGUGUUGUACGUUAUUUAGCCUUUUUAACUUUAACUUAACUUUUUUUUGUUCUUUUAUUUUAUCUGUGAAUGUCUAUGAAUGUCUUUUUCUUUUUUUUUUCUCCAAUAGUGCAUCUGCUGGCCAGUGCGCUUUCUAAAGAGAACCCUGUUAAGCUACAUAUUCUUUGUCUGUUUGUUUGUUUGUUAAUAUAUGUUAAUAUAUUACGUUGAAGCCAGAAUGUAGUGCCAAGAAAGACCUGACCUGAUCUGACGCCAAAGACUUUUUUUUUUUUUUUUUUUUUUUUUAACAUUUCACUGAAGUUAACACUCUUCAAAAAUGUUUCAUUCCGGACCACGGCUUUGUUGAGCUCUCAUUAAUGUGUAUAUAUAUAUAUAUAAAACAGAUGUGAACGUUCUGGAACAUUUCACAAUUACGUAAAGAGAAAAAUAAAGGUAUUAAUAUAUAUAUAU